CAGAAUAGUCGUUCACUUGGAUUUUGAAGAUAAUUUAUCACAAGAAACAUUUUCUCAGGAACAGCUGGACCAAAAAAGCUAGUCAUAGCCAUGGCAGAGAGGAGGCGACCGGGCUACAGCGUGCACAGGAGCGUCCUGGAUGAAGGAGCAGUGGAGGAGAUGGCAGAAAAAUGUGAAACAAAAUCAUCUUUGUCUGAGAAGGUCAAGAAGUCUGUGAGGUGUUCUGGUCCCAGGAUGAAGAGCUGCCUGCUGGGUAGUGUCCCUGUGUUAUCGUGGCUGCCUCGAUACUCCCUCAGAGAAAAUGUGCUAGGGGACCUGAUCUCUGGGAUCAGUGUGGGCAUCAUGCAGCUGCCUCAAGGUAUGGCAUAUGCUCUGUUAGCGUCCGUUCCUCCAAUCUUCGGCCUUUACUCCUCCUUCUACCCGGUGCUGAUCUAUUUCAUCUUUGGCACAUCCAAGCACAUCUCUGUCGGAACAUAUGCAGUAAUGAGUGUGAUGAUAGGAGGGGUGAUAGAGCGAGUGGCCCCAGACUCCAACUUCAUGAUGUGGGACAAUGUGACGAACUCCACUACAGUGGAUAUCAUCACCAGGGACGCAGAGAGAGUCCGGGUGGCUGCAGCCGUCACUUUAUUAUCUGGGUUAUUUCAGAUUUUGCUUGGCCUGGUCCAGUUUGGCUUUGUUGUGACCUAUCUAUCUGAGCCGCUGGUUCGAGGUUACACCACGGGAGCUGCCAUUCACGUCAUCGUGUCCCAGCUCAAAUAUACCUUUGGUAUCAGCCCCGUGAGAUACAGUGGACCCUUCUCAUUGUUAUACACUGUGUUGGAGGUGUGUUAUCUCAUCCCAGAGACCAACAUUGGUACUCUUGUGGUCAGUAUCGUCGCUAUAAUUGGCCUCAUCCUUGCCAAGGAGCUCAAUGCAUUCUUGAGUAAAAAUCUUCCUAUCCCCAUACCUGUGGAACUGCUUGGUAUUGUCAUUGCGACUAUAAUCUCCUGGCAGGUGAACCUGAAUGAUAAAUAUGGAGUGGAUGUGGUGGGACUGAUUCCCUCUGGUCUCCAGCCUCCUGUCGUCCCAGAAGCCUCUCUGUUUGGUCAGGUGAUUGGGGAUGCCUUUGCUCUGGCUGUGGUUGGUUAUGGCAUUGCCAUCUCACUGGGACGAAUCUUUGCCCUCAAAUAUGGAUACAAAGUGGACAGCAACCAGGAACUAAUCGCACUGGGUCUGAGUAACUCUGUCGGAGGAUUUUUCCAGUGUUUUGCCAUCAGUUGCUCCAUGUCUCGAACCAUGGUUCAGGAGAGCACAGGGGGGAAGACUCAGGUUGCUGGAGCUCUAUCAGCAAUAGUUAUCCUUUUCAUCACACUCUGGAUUGGAAGAUUCUUUGAAGAACUGCCCAAGGCAAUGCUGGCUGCCAUCAUCUAUGUCAACCUCCAUGGCAUGAUGAAGCAAUUCUUGGACAUCCCUGCACUGUGGAAGAGCAACAAGAUAGACAUGGUGAUCUGGGUGGUCACCUUCAUCCUCACUGUUCUGUUCAACCCUGACCUGGGUCUGGCGGCUUCCAUCGGUUUCUCCAUGCUCACUGUCAUCUUCAGGACACAACUACCAAAAUACUCCCUAUUAGGGCAGGUCCCAGACACUGACAUUUACAGGCCGCUGGAGGACUACAAUCAGGUGAGGAAGGUGCCAGGGAUUUUGAUCUUCCGCUCCUCUGCAACCCUCUACUUUGCUAAUGCUGAGAUGUAUCAAGACGCCCUGGGAAGGAAGUCUGGCAUUGACAUCACUAAGAUCCUUUCAGCGAAGAAGAAACUUGAGGCUAAAAGGAAGAGGCAUGAAAAGAAAAAUGACAAAAAAGCAAAGAAGGACGCCAAGUGGGCCAACAAAGUGGGCAUGCAGGGGGAGCCAGAGAGGGAGGUGGAGAAGAACAUUGCUAUUAUUGAGAUGCAUCCUGAGCCCGACCCCUCUCUCCCGAGAGCCAUCGUCCUUGACCUCAGCCCUGUUAACUUCCUGGAUACUGUGGGGGUCAAGACAAUACGCAGUAUCCACAAAGACUACGGGCAGAUUGGUGUCGAGGUGGUUCUCGCGUGCUGCCAGACCGGUGUGGUGGACAACCUGCAGGCCGGGGGUUUCUUUAAUGACAAAGUGACAAAGUCGUGUCUCUUCUCCACCGUCCAUGAUGCUGUUCUGCACUGUCAGUCCUUCAUUACACAGAGCCGAGGAGAAGCAUUGUACGAGGAGAUCACAGGGACACAUUUCUGAGUCCUGAGAGGAACGGCGGAGGACAUCAUGAAGCGUACAUGGUCUGCAUGGGGAUUUACCCUGAGCUUCUGAUCACUGGAACUUCUUUCAGUAACACACAGAAACAAAAUACUUGAACAAAAAUAAAAUGAACAAAAUGUGAAGACCAGCUACAGUCUUGUAGCUGUAAUAUGCCAUCUUAAAUUAUACGACUCUGGCUAACUGUGUGAGCUAUUCUUUUUUUAAUUAAGUUAUUGUGCUGCUUUUUAACAUACAAUAAUCUGAAAAUGAAUACCUGCAUUUCUAAGAAUCUAAACAUCUGCUGAUGUUGAUGUACUUCAAUGAAAAAUAAAUGCUUUUAUUUAGUCA